AUGGACAAUCACGACCAGUACUCCCAAAUUGGGAGUCCCAAUUCAGCUUCAACUCAGCGAUGGCGCGUCACUGUCUCAUGUGACCCACACCACCCAUUCAUCUUCAUCACCCGCUUGCAAAGCAAUGGACUUCGAAGCACUGGCGGCGGAAUGCCGCAGUGCUGCCUUCCGGUACGCUUCUCUAGCGAAUGA